GAGGCUUGAUGCCCGCGCCGACCACGAGCCAACUACCGCCGUCGCCGCCAUGCCGCCAGCCGCUCGCUCGGCCGCUCGCACCAGCAGCCUAUACGCCAGCCCUCCCGACCGGAUCGCCAUCAUCGGCACUGGCGUGAUUGGCGCCUCAUGGGCCGCGCUGUUUGCGGCGCGUGGCUUUGACGUGGUGGGCAUGGUGCGGAACGAGCACGAGGCCAAGCUCUUUGCCGCGGCGGCCAGCGAGGCGUGGGUGCGUCUUCGCGCGCGUGGCAUCGCGCGCGAGGCGGCUCCGACACGCAUCCGGCACGUCUUUUCGAUCGAGGAGUGCUGCGCUGGCGCCGUCUAUGUGCAGGAGUCGGUGCCAGAGAACCUGAGGCUGAAACAGCAGGUCGUCGCGCAGAUCGACGCCGCCUGCCCGCGCGGCGUCCUCAUCGGCACCUCCUCCUCCUUCCUCUCCGCGUCCCUCAUCUCUCUCAGCUGCGCCGUCGACCCGUCCCGCGUGGUCACCGUCCACCCCUCGCUCCCUGCGUGGGACAACUUUGUCGAGGUCUUCAGCUCCGAGCCUUCGCACGUCGCCCGGCUCGUCGACCUGCUCGACUGUCAGCUCGGCAUGGACGUCGUGCCGCUCGGCCGCGAGUCCCACGGCCACGUGCUGAAUGCGAUGCUGCUCUCCCUCGCAACCACCUCGGCGCUGCUCAUCCGCUCGGGCGUCUGCAGCGCAGCCGAGGCGGACCGCGCCGCUUCGCACAUGGGCAAGCUCAUGUACGCGGGCGGCGGCGGCUCGGCCAACUACGUCGGGCUGAUUGGCGGCGGCAAGCUCGACGGCGUGGUCGCGAUCGCCACGGACGGCUACACAAACGUCCCGCUGGGAAUGCUCGGCUCGGCGGUGACGGCGGUCUUUGGGCACGGGCUCCUCGGCCGCGCGCUGCUGUGGCUGCUGCAGCUCCUCCACGCGCCGCUCUCUCUCCUCGAGGGCUGGCUCCACCCGAUGCGCGCGAUCCAGACCUACUUCCUCUCCCCCUGCCUGGACGAGUACAGGCGGCUCGGCGGCGGCGACGCCCUGUGCCACCGCAUCCUGCAGCGCGUGAUCGCGCUCGACUCGGCGGACAACUUGCCGCCGCUGUCGGACUGAGGCCGCGGGCGACAGCCGAGCGGGCCGCGCGACAGCCGGGCCCCAGGCGCUGCGCACAGCGAGCGCUGCGAGCCAUGUCCAGCAUGUCCCAUAGGCGAGAUCAUGUGAGACAAUGGGAGCCUUAAAAAACAUGUCUCAUGUGACAUGCACAUGUGCAUGCACAUGUGCAUGUGCAUGCACAUGCACAUGCACAUGUGUGUCGAGGUUACGUUGUGCUGCUCCUGGACCCUUAAGUUUU